CUCCCACCUACACAUUUGCCCCCCCCCGCCCCUCCGGUCCCCACACCCGGUCACGCAGUGUGCCACCUCGAAGGGAGAGCCGAGAGAAGCAGCUCCUCCUCCGAAUCGUACCAUGUCCUCGAUUCAGCGUAUUAUCAGCGCCCUGAGCGCCAUGACCGAUGUUGGCUCCGUCAAUGAUGCCGAGCUAUUCUUCAGGACGGCCGCCUCGAUUCCCGGCUACGCGCCGAUCCUCCUGUCGUUGGCCAUCGGCGACACGAUGGAUGCGUCCAUCUCCUCCAUCGAGCCGGCUGUCUCCCUCUCGGCGGCCCUGAUGCUCAAGAACUUCUUGGCCAUCGCCUGGACCUCGGCCACUAACCCCGACAGGCUGCCAUUCCCGGCCGGCGACCGCAUUGCCAUCCGCGAGCGCAUUGUCCCCGCGCUGUUCUCCUGCUCGUCGACUCCCCAGCGCAACCUGCUGCUCACUUGCCUUGCGACCAUCUCCAAUUCCCAGUACCCCUCCAAGUGGCCCGAGCUGCUGGGACUCCUGCUGUCCGAGGUGGACACCUCCAACCCGGCCAAAAUCAACACCGUGCUCCAGGCCCUGAACACUGUGCUCAAGCGCUUCAAGAGCCACAAUCGCACUGAGCGACUCGUGGCGGACCUGCUCCAGGCCUCGGCCGAGCUGAAGGACGUCCUUCCCCAAUUCGCCGAGGUGAUCGGGUCGCAUAUCACCACAGGCGCCGAUGACCAGACCCUGGCCAUCUCCUUCCAUAGCUUGUCGCUCCUGUGCGAGAUCAUCACUUCCCUCUGCUACCUGGACCUGCCGGAUGACAUCGAGGUCAACAUGCCGCGGGUGUUCGCCGUCCUGCGGGCCGUCUUGCACUUCCAUCCCCAGGGGAGGACCUACCCCGAGGAUGAGGAGGACCCUUACGCCAACCCGCCGGCUUACUUCCGGCUGUCGCUGUGUGCUCUGAUCGACCUUUUCACCAAUUCCUACCACGAGUACUUCGAGAAGGAGCUGCCCUCCUUCUUCGACAGCAUCUUCCACCUGCUGGUGGGCUUUGCCGAGAGCUCCACCUAUGAUCGGUUUGUCGCCGCCGCCAUCCGGUACACUUGUACCGUGGUUUCCAAGCCCGCCUACGCCACCACCGUGUGCACCCCCCCGGGGUUGACCCUCCUGGCCAGCAAGAUCAUCCUCCCCAGCUUGCAGCUGCGCGACAGUGACGAGGAGGUCUUCGAAGAUACCCCGAUGGAUUAUGUGCGCCACGAGCUGGAGGGCCACGACGCGGCCACCCCCCGGAGUACGGCCGGCCGGCUCAUCAACGCCCUGGCCACCCGGUACCGGGAGUCCUUCACGCAAAUUUGCAUCGGCCUCGCCCGGGACCAGCUCACCAGCCAGCCCCUGGGCCCCGACAGUUGGCGCGCCAUGGAGGCCGCCCUGACCCUGGUGCACAGCGUCGCCUCGGCCGGCGGUGUCACCCUGCGUGAUGGCGUGGUGGCCACCAAUGAGUUCCUCAGUCCGGACGAUGCGUUUGCCAUCUUCGAGACCCCGCUCACCAGUCCGGACUUCGCGCACUUCCCCUUCCUGGUUGCUCGGUCGCUGUACUUCCUGGUGAUGUUCCGCAAUCACCUCAGCACCGAGAUCGUGCUCAAGACCAUGCCCUACCUGGUGGGGCUGCUGGCCUCGCCGAACCAGGUUCUCCACACCUUCGCCGCGGUGGCCGUCGGCCAGUACUUCGCUCGGCAUCGGGUGACCCUGGCCCACUCGGUGGCGCUGGAGCUGCUGGAGCCCCUGUUCGCCGGGAUGUUCAGCAUUUUCAUGCGCAAUGGCACGGCCCCGCUCCGGGUGUCGGAGAACAAUUAUGCCAUGCUGGCCGUCGUUCGGACGCUGCUCUUCUACCGGCCGGUGCUGGUGGCCGCGCCGCGUAUCUUCGUCUCGGCCUAUGUGGAGCUCCUCGGGGUGCUGUCCAUCAUCUGCACCAAUCCCAGCAAUCCGCGCCUGUCGCAUUGCCUCUUCGAGGCCAUCGGUGCCCUGAGCCGGCCGCUUCCGACCCACUCGCCCGCCCUGCCGGGGUUCCUGGCCUCCACCGGGCAGACGCCGGCCGAGCUGCCGGCCCGGGUGCUGGAGCUGCAUGCCGGCUUUGAGCGGGCCCUCCUGCCGGUCAUGGGGGAGAUUCUCAAGGCCGGUGUGGCCGAGUUCAUCCCGUACUCCUUCCAGAUCAUUGCCCUGAUGCUGGAGUCCAAUCCGUCGGUGCUCCAAGCCGCCGGGGCUGCCCCGGGGGCCGCGCCAUCGCUCAAUCAGUUCUACCUGGACAUCCUGCCGUCGCUCUUUGUGCCGGUUCUCUGGGAGGUGUCGGCCAACAUUUCGGCCAUCGCGCGGCUUUUCUGCGCAUACCUGCGCUGCGUGCCGGAGGAGUUCGUUUCGCGCAAUCUCCUUCCUCCCCUGAUGGACAUUCUCAAGCGCAUGAUCGGCACCCGGGCCUUUGAGCGUGACGCCUGCCAGCUGGCCGAGUCGCUGUUGGUGUACCUGCCUGCUCCGGCAUUCACGCAAUUCGCGCCGACCGUGCUCCUCAUCCUGCUGGAGCGCAUCCAGUCCAACAAGACCCCGGUUUUCGUGCGCCUCUUUGGCGGGGUGGUUUCGCGUUUCAUCGUGGCCAAGCCCGACUCCUUCCAGGUCAUUGUGUCGGCCUUCAAUACGAUCCAGCCCAACCUCUUCUACAUGGUCCUCAACUCGGUCCUCCUUGCUGAGGAGGCCAGCGCCGGGCUGCCCAUCGAUCGGAAGGUGGCUGCCGUGGCCCUUGCCUACCUGAUCGCCCGGAGCCCGCUCUUUUUCGAGCCCACCUACGCCGAGCGCCUGCCCCACACGGUGCAGGCCAUCUUCACGCUGGGCGACCGGCCUGCCACCACGACCGACGACUAUUCCGCCUCGCAGGACUUCGAGUCUGCCUUCCUCAACUCCACGGUCGCCAGCGGCGAGGGGACGACCGGCUCCUUCAGCGCGCUGUCCACCGUGACCCCCACCAAGGAGGACCCCCUGCCCAAGGUCCAAGACGUGCAGAGCCUCCUGGUGGGCGAGCUGACCGACGCCUGCCAAAAGAACCCUCAGUAUCGCCAGCUGUUGCAGGGGCUCUCUACGGUGUCCCCGAACAUGGUUCCGGAUGCCGGGAAGAUUGCCUCCCUCGCUGGUCUCGUCCUCUCGCGUGUCUGAUCGGGACACUGCCCCGGUCUUUCUCCCUCCCCCGCCCCUCUCUUCCCUGACCUUGUCCCCCAUUUAUAUUCUCAUAUAUUAUACAUAUAUCGAUCACAUCCCUAGACUCCCCGUGGGAUUGCCACCAGGCCCCGCUGUUUGUGUAUUUGGCUCGCGCACGGUGGUGUCCUUCGGCUUCUCCAGUGGAAAUAUACCUUUUUCUCCCGC